AUGAGUGGAGAUUUUCUUCGAGCAGAGGGAGAGCUUGAUUCUGGAAAGAGGGAAGAACUUGUUAGAUUGUAUUUACACAUCUCAUUACUCCCUUUCGCUUCUCUUCAUUUCUCUCUCUUCGCUGCCCCAAUGUCUUCCCCAUUUCCCCUCCUCCGUCUUCCUGGAUUGGUCCUGUGCGAUGUAUUCAGAUCAUUGAAUAUCGGAGAAAAAAUCCAACUCUCCAUCUACUCCAAGAAAAUCUCCACUCAAAUCAAUAAUUGUCGUUUGUACUCUCAAAAUGUUAUAGUCGAUCUGAGCUGCUUAAGCCACAAAAUCAGAGUUCACUCUGAAAAUAACAGAGAUACAUUCGAAAUCUCCAAUUAUUCAGAUUCCUGUAAAAGUCAGAAUUCAAAUACUCAUCAAUUUUCUAUUGCAUGUUGUAGUGUAAGAGUUAUUUCGAUACCAAAAGGAAUCACACUCGGGAAGAAUCAUCGAGAAGCAUUUUUAUCUGUCAUUCGACAUCUACUUAAGAUGUUUCAAUGCAAAUUUUCAACUACUAUUAGUUACUGUAAUAGUGAUUUAUAUCAACCAACAAUUGCAAUGUUGUUUGAUCUACGAAUGGAAUUUAAGACGAUCAUUAUUGAUCUUAAUGGAUCAGAAGAUCGGAUCUUAUUGUGGAACCAGAUAUCUAAAAAACUGGAACUGGUCGAGGAUCUUGUAAUCUUAUCCGAUCUUAAUCUUUUCCGGUAUUUUACACCAGUUUUCGCUUCAUGGCCACAAAAGAUUAGUAUCAUGGAUUCCGUUGUGUUCACUCUUGAAUCUCUUCUAGCGUGUACUUGCACUGCAAUUACACACAGGAGAUCUCAUAUGAAAAACAAGGACUUGGAUGUGAUUCUCAAAAAUUGGAAGGCUGGAGGUUUACCGAAUCUAAAAUGUCUGCGGCUCGAUUACCUGAUGAUCACGGAUGACGGAGGACAUAUUCUGGGAACUACUUUCAGGGAAUUAAACGGAAUGGUUAUUGAAACUGAUGACGGAUCAAAGAAGGCAACUAUCAUAACUUACGCCCAAUGCAUUGAAAUGUCUGUAACUCCAAUUAUAUAA